GGGGAUGCGAGAGAUGAUCGGUGUGAGUGUGUUUUUUUGUGAAUGUGAAAAUAAAUAAAACAAAUUCAAUGGAAGCUUGAUAAAAUCCAGCCAGAAACAUUAAUUAAUUUGGAAAAUUUCUGAGAUGCCAAUUGGAUGUAUUUGGCUCUAAAAACAAAAUCACUUUGAAGAAAUAUGUUAUUUAACUCAACUUUCAAACAAUAACAUAGAAAAAGAAUUGUCAAACAAACCAACAAUUUUUAAACAGAUUUUUGAACUGUUUUAAACUUAUUUAAGACAAAUAUUAAAAAUAAUAAAAACUAAAUCAAAGACGCCUUUAAUUUUUUUUUUUUUUAAUAUUAAAUUUAAAAACAGCGCACGCUCAUCAUCCAUCUCAUCCCAGAAUUUGGAAUUCUACUUUUUUGAAAUUUUGGAAUUUGUAUUUGUUAUUAGUGUUUUUCCCGCUCAGGUUGCCAUGGCAGAUUGGGGAGAAGAAGACUGUGAGUUCGUCAACGAUGAUGGGUUCGUUUACAAGCGCAAGAAGCGCCGCCUUGACCCCACCACCUCCGCUCCACCGCCACCAGAUCCAGUGGCGGAGGAAAGGAAACAGAAGGAACGGAGGAAGAGGGCAUUGAUGAAGCUGAGAGAGAAGUACCGGAGAGAGAUGGACCACUGGGAACAUUUAUCAAACACGUUAAAGUCUAUGCAAGAAAAAGCCCAAAACCAACUUCUUCAGCGACAGCAGAUGAUAACAUUGUCCCGUUCGGUCAUUGAUUCGCCUCCCCCGCCAGCGCCGUUGUCGGAGUCUGCCUUCCGGCAAGACGCCGCCGACCUCCUCUUGCGGGUAGAAGCAGAGGAAGCAAUCAUCCAGGAUGUUUCUAACCUUUGCUAUAUGGUCGAAGCCAUUUGCAAUGCACAAGAGAAGGAGCGGAUGAAGCAAUCAUUAGCUGAUCUUUCAGUUUGGGCAUCACCAAUUGAGCUCAUGGCAUCUCUGUGUGAGUGUUUGGAGUAGAGGAUUUCGAUUCUGCUCUUUCAUUGAUACCAAUGUAGUUCCAACUCUUAAUUGUUACCCACAACAAUGCCAAUGCACAAAGAAGAUGCUAUCUAUUCUGUGGUAAUUUGUUAGGUAACCGAGUCUCAUCUUUAUUUGAUUUGCUUCGCGGUAAAUCUAAGAAUGCAUGCCUUACAUGAUGAUAUA